AUGGGUUCCAUAGAGAAGGAGGACUUACAGGAAAAUCCUAGGGUGCGAGCGAAUUGGUUUUCAAUUUUAACUUUCGGGUACACCAUACCCAUUUUUAAUAAGGGUCGUAAACAGACCUUGACCACAAAAGAUCUUUACAGAACCAUGAAGGAGCACAAGUCUGAACAUCUUGGCAACAGAUUAUAUGAUUCGUGGGAGCAAGAACUUAAAAGAUCAGGAGGAAAACCCAGCCUUUUCAGAGCUCUGUUGCGGGUAUUCGGAUGGGAAUUCGGUUUCUUUGGACUUGUGCUCUUAGUAGGAGAAGUGGGAUUACGUACAGCUGAGCCGUUCCUUCUCCUGAAACUCAUCUCCCACUUCACAAACGAUUCGGAAUCCAUAGGGAAAGCCUAUCCCUAUGCGAUCAGCUUGAUCUUAUCAACUUGGUUGUGCCUGAUAAUGAGACAUCCCACUAUGUACGGCUUAUGGAAUUUAAGUAAGUUUAGAGCACGAGUAAGCUUGAGCAGCAUGAUCUAUCGGAAGGCUCUACGACUCAGUACGACGUCUCUGGGCGCUGCUACUUCUGGCCAUGUUGUUAGCCUGAUUUCCAACGACGUUAGUCGCCUAGACAGUAACAUCCUCUUCACGCACUUCCUGUGGGUUGGGCCAUUGCAAACAUGCAUAGUCACUUAUUUAAUGUACCUUCAGAUUGGAAUCUCAGCCUUGUUUGGUGUGGCCUUUAUGCUUCUCUUCAUUCCCUUGCAAUUAUACCUGGGCAAGAAGACCACUGAAAUACGUCUGAGGACCGCUCUGCGGACGGACAAGCGGCUGCGUAUGAUAAAUGAGAUUAUCUCAGGCAUCCAGGUGAUCAAAAUGUAUGCCUGGGAGCGGCCUUUCGAGCGUUUGGUGGCCCAUGCACGCCAGAAGGAGGUUAAUGCCAUUUGCCACGGAAGUUAUAUCAAGGGUAUUGUUGCGUCAUUCUCAAUCUUCCUCUCGCGCUCCUCCAUAUUUUUUAGCUUAGUAAGUUACGUUCUGUUGGGCCAGAUCCUUACGCAUGAGGUGGCUUUUAGUAUUACGGCCUACUACAACGCCCUGCUAGUCACUAUGCUGGUGUUCUUUCCCCAAACCAUCACACAGACGGCGGAGAUCAGGGCUUCCCUUGGCCGUGUGCAGAAGUUCAUGCUGUCUGAGGAAGUAAAGAAGUCCAUUAAGAGCGAUGAUCUCCAGGAAAUGAUUACUCCACACCCAAAGGAGGGUCAUUUGAGGAGAAGGAAAGUUCCCCCAAAGUCAGGUAUUUCAAUUACCGGACUAAAAGCCAAAUGGGACCCUAACUGCCCUGAGUAUACUCUCGACGGAGUUGAUUUGACAGUUCAGCCCGGGACAAUGGUUGCCGUUCUGGGAUCUACCGGCUCCGGCAAAUCCAGCCUCAUUCAGGCCAUUCUGGGCGAGCUGCGAGCGGAAUCUGGCGAAAUUAAGGUCAAUGGAUCGAUGUCCUAUGCCUCCCAGGAGCCAUGGCUCUUCUCCGGCACCAUGCGAGAUAAUAUACUCUUUGGUCAGCCAAUGGAUCGCAAGCGCUACGCCAAGGUGGUGCAGCAGUGCGCUCUGGAGCGUGAUUUCGAGCUGCUGCCUCUUAAGGACAAAACGCUGGUGGGGGAGCAAGCAACUUCCUUGUCUGGUGGCCAAAAGGCGAGAAUCAGCUUAGCGAGGGCUGUCUACCGAGAGGCCUCGAUCUACCUUCUGGAUGAUCCCCUAAGUGCUGUGGACUCCAAUGUAGGCAAACAUCUCUUCGAGGAAUGCAUGCGGGGCUACCUGAGAGAUCGCACCGUAGUUUUGAUUACUCAUCAAAGGCAGUUCCUGCAACGCGUGGAUCAGAUUGUGAUCAUGGAUAAGGGACAAGUUCGUGCAGUGGGUAACUACGAGUCCCUGAUCAAGGAGGGCGUGGACUUUGCCAACGUUGUGGAUGAGCAUCAGCAAAAGGAGGCAAAGGAACAGAUAAUGGAGCAUACUGAACAAGAAGAGGAUCGCUCUCGAUUAGGUAGCUUCACUAAUACUCAAGGAAAGCCAAGGUGCAAUAGCGAAGGAUCCUUGCAAUCUAUACCCGAUUCAUGUCUUGAAAAGAUCAGUGUGGAGCACCAAGGGUCAGGUCGUAUUGGCCUCGGCUUGUACAAAAAGUACUUUACGUUUGGCGGUGGACUUUUCCCUUUCCUUGGAAUAAUAAUCUUGUGUUUACUUUCACGGGUAUUCAUCUCUAUAUCUGAUUGCUUCCUGAUUUAUUGGGUUUCCAAGAAUCAUGAUAGAAACACAGGCUGGUCUUUGAGUACUGAACUAAUCGACAUUGGCCUGUUUACGUUUAUUACAUUCUUCUCCAUUGUCACAACAGUGGCAUCCUCAAUUCUAAUAUUUAACCUGGCCAAGAAAUGUUCCAUUGGGCUGCACAGCACCAUUUUCAAUGCGAUAUCGCGGGCCUCCAUGUAUUUCUUCAACACGAAUCCACCGGGGCGUAUACUUAAUCGCUUCUCGAAGGACUUGGGACAGGUGGACGAGAUGCUUCCUGUCGCGAUGAUGGACGUGAUACAACUCUUCUUAUUACUUGCUGGCAUAGUCAUCAUCAUAGCCGUUGUCAAUCCGUUGCUUCUCGCUCCAGCCUUCGUGAUCGGCAUCAUUUUCUAUAAGUUUCGAACCUUUUAUUUGAAAACAUCUCGGGAUGUUAAGCGGAUUGAGGCCAUUGCUCGAUCUCCGGUUUACUCUCAUUUGGCGUCUACGCUGACCGGCCUAUCUACAAUCCGGGCUUUCGAUGCUGAGCACAUCCUUGAGGCAGAGUUCGACAGUUACCAGGAUACGCACAGUUCUGCAUUUUAUACAUUUCUUACAACAUCCCGUGCCUUUGCCUAUUGGCUGGAAUGGUUUAGUGUCAGUUACAUAGCAAUCACCACGCUUAGCUUCUUCGCCUUUCCGCCGGCUAACGGCGGCGAAGUGGGCUUGGCCAUUACACAGGCUAUGGGCUUGUCAGGCCUGGUGCAGUGGACAAUGCUUCAAUCCGCCGAACUGGUCAACUUAAUGACUGUUGUAGAGCGAGUGGUUGAGUACGAAGACAUCGAGCCGGAGGGAGAAUUGGAAGCGCCAAUGGACAAGAAACCUCCGAAGUCAUGGCCAGAGCAAGGGAAAAUCGUGUUCGACGAGCUAAGCUUGCGCUACGUGCCAAACCCCAAGGCAGACUAUGUCCUCGAGUCACUAAACUUUGUCAUAAAGCCAAGGGAAAAAGUAGGAAUCGUUGGACGUACAGGAGCAGGAAAAUCUUCGCUGAUCAAUGCCCUUUUCCGACUGUCCUACAACGAUGGAUCCAUUCUCAUUGAUAAGCGAGAUACGAACGAUAUGGGUCUCCAUGAUCUGCGCAGCAAGAUAUCGAUCAUUCCCCAGGAACCUGUGCUCUUCUCCGGCACAAUGAGAUACAACCUGGAUCCAUUCGACGAGUAUAGUGACGACAAGCUGUGGCGCAGCCUGGAGGAAGUAAAGCUGAAGGAUGUGGUGGCAGAUUUGCCCAAUGGCCUGCAGAGCAAAAUCACAGAGGGCGGAACCAAUUUCAGUGUGGGUCAGCGCCAGUUGGUCUGCUUGGCCCGAGCUAUUCUGCGCGAGAAUCGUAUCCUGGUAAUGGAUGAGGCCACGGCUAACGUAGAUCCUCAGACAGAUGGCCUUAUCCAAGCCACUAUUCGCAACAAGUUCAAGGAUUGUACAGUGCUGACGAUAGCCCAUCGUCUGCACACGAUCAUGGACUCCGACAAGGUGUUGGUUAUGGACGCUGGACGAGCUGUGGAGUUCGGUACGCCGUUCGAGCUGUUAACAAAGGCAGAUUCUAAGGUAUUCCAUGGCAUGGUGAAGCAGACGGGCCAAGCCACAUACGAAGGACUAUUAAAAAUUGCACAAAAGGCCUUUGAGGACAGCCAGGGUCUGCGCCGUUCCUCAUAAGACUCAGGGCAUAUGGAACAAAAUAUAUAGAAAUUAAGCCAACGUGCUUAAUACCGAGUAAUUAGCCGAUUAAAUGUAGUUAGCUUAACUAAUGUUAGUUUGCUUUGAAUGUGUUAUAUCGUGUGAGUGUAAAUAUGUUUGACCGUGUGUAUGUUGUUUACUGGUUUGUGUAAAUGAAACACUUUAUAGUUAUCCGUUGCUUAUUUUUCUAUUUGUAUUUAAAUCUCACUAAGCGCAAAGAAGUGCCUUUGAAAAUAAACGAAAUAUUUCUACUUAGA